AUGUCUGGUGGGCUCAAGAACAAGAAGAAGAAGGGCCACGAGUGGGAUUUGAACGACUGGAGAUGGGACGGCAACCUCUUCCUGGCCACGCCGUCGCCAAACGCGGACGCUCCGUCAGGGUGCGGCAGCAGGGAGCUUGGGCUAGCAGAGGAGGGGGGCAGUUUUGGUGCUGCUGCUGCUGACAAGAGGAGGAGGAGGAAGAGAGUCACCACAGUGGAUAACCCCGAGGAGUGCAGCAACACUGCGAUUCUUCAUCAUGAAAGGAUUGCUGUUCGGAGAGGACAGAUGGGCGAAGAAGAGGGACCUGCCAGUGCAACAGCAGGUGCAUCUUCCAGCUCUGCUCCAUCUUGCCAAGUCGACGGCUGCCACGCGGACCUCGGCGACGAUAGGGACUACCACAGGAGGCACAAGGUGUGCGAACCGCAUACCAAGUCGACUCUUGUUCGUAUCAAAAACAUCGAGCAUCGGUUUUGCCAGCAGUGCAGCAGGUUUCACCUUGUUCAAGAAUUUGAUGAAGGGAAGAAGAGCUGCCGCUCACGUCUGGCAACACAUAAUAGAAGGAGGAGGAAAGCCCCAGCUGAGGCUGUUAAUUCCUUGGGUGAAAAUCAGUCCUUAACCAACACCUUACUCCUCUUGUUGAGACAACUCGCUGGACAAGAUUCUGCUGCUAGCUCAUCUGAGCAAAUCAAUGGUCCCAAUCUUUUGGUUAGUCUUUUGAAGAACCUUGCUGCUGUUGCUGGCACACAGGCAUGUCAAGAUAUGCUAAAGGAUGCAACCUCAUCAAAUGCUGGUAACUAUGUUGGGAAUCAAAGUGGACCACCAGUUCAUGCAGAAGAGCCUCCUGUGAAAAGACGUGCGCAAAAUUUUGAUCUAAAUGAUGCUUAUGUCGAGGAAGAUGAGAGCCGAACAGAUAAAAUUGUCUUCAAGCUUUUUGGUAAACAGCCAAAUGAUUUUCCUGCGGAUCUACGUGCACAGAUCCUAAACUGGCUGUCACAUUAUCCUAGUGACAUGGAGAGCUAUAUCAGGCCUGGUUGUGUAAUUCUAACUAUUUACCUUCGUCUUCCUAACUGGAUGUGGGAUAAGCUUAAUGUCGAUCCAGCUCCUUGGAUAGAAAAUCUCAUUAGCAUAUCCACAAAUGGUUUCUGGGAGACAGGAUGGCUGUAUGCUAGGGUGCAGGACCGCCUCACAUUAAGCUGCAAUGGCAGGCUUAUGUUAGUGUCUCCCUGGCAACCUGUAAUAGGUGACAAGCAUCAGAUACUGUGUGUAACUCCUAUUGCGGCUGCCUAUAAUUCGACGGCAAAGUUCUCAGUGAGAGGCUUCAACAUAGUUCAACCAACCACAAAAUUACUCUGUAUAUUUGAUGGGAAAUAUUUAGUCCAAGAAGCAACACAAAAACUACAUGAUGAUACUAGGAUUCAGCAAGGCCCUAAAUGUCUGACCUUUUCUUGCUCCUUCCCUAGUACAAGUGGAAGGGGGUUCAUAGAGGUUGAAGAUUAUGAUCAGAGCAGCAUUUGCUUCCCCUUUGUUGUCGGCAAAGAAUCUAUAUGUUGUGAGAUUAGAAUGUUGGAGGAAAAACUGAAUAUAAUUGCAUUUGGUGAUGCCUUGGAAGGAAGAGAAGAUCUGAUGGCUUCUCGCAGCCAAGCCUUAAAGUUUCUACAUGAAAUAGGGUGGCUUCUCCAAAGGAGCGACACACGAGCUACAUCAUCCAAGGCUCCGCAACAACAUCAUGCGGUGGGCUUUUCUGCUGCAAGAUUUAGGUGGCUCCUGUCCUUUGCGGUUGAUCAGGAAUGGUGCGGCGUGGUAAAGAUGCUGCUGGACACCUUGUUCCAGGGCAAUAUCGAUGUCGCCUCACCAGUUGAGUUUGUCCUGGGAGAGAGCUUAGUAUUCGCAGCUGUCAACAAGCGGUCGAAGCCUUUGGUUGCCUGCCUAUUGAGAUACACAACGAAAUCUGCACCGGUGGGCGGUGGAGCCGUGGCCACACCAGCCCAGUUCUUGUUCACGCCUGACAUGAUUGGUCCAUCGGAUAUUACACCUCUCCAUGUUGCAGCUACCAUCACUAAUGCUGCUGCCGUUUUGGAUGCUCUGACUGAUGAUCCCCAACAGCUGGGGAUCAAAACGUGGAAGAAUGCCCGCGAUGCUACUGGGUACACUCCAGAGGAUUGCGCCCGGCGGAGAGGACAAACCUCCUACAUCCAGAUGGUCCAGAACAAAAUCAACAGCAGGUUACCUGCAGCCCAUGUGUCUGUUCCCAUGACCACCACUGGUACCGCCGCAGAAGCAGGUCGGCCGAGAUCAACUGAUCAGACCGUAUUUGAAUUCGAGAAAAGCCCACCGGGAUGCAGACAGUGUGUCCAGCUCCAGCACAUUGCCUACCAGCCCUGCCCAAACAGGUUCUUGUCGAACAGGCCUGUGGUGCUAUCCCUGGUCGCCAUUGCCGCUGUCUGUGUCUGCGUAGGGUUGAUAAUGCAGAGCCCGCCGGUCGUCCGCGGUGUGCCAGGCCCUUUUCUCUGGAAUCACAUCCGUUGGGGACCCACUUGA